GGCGGGGUUCGUAGCGCGCCGGGCCGAGCUCUGUCACUCUGCCUGCCAGCCCCAGAGCUGCGCCGCCAGCCAGAGCCCGGGACGCGACGCCCCGGGGGAGGAGGGCGAAGGGACGCCGCGAUGGCUCCGCAGGGACUCCCAGGGUCUGCCGUCGUCGCCACUGCUGUCUUUGUGGGAGGCGCCGUGAGUUCGCCGCUCGUGGCCCCGGAAAACGGCGGCAGCCGCACGUUGCAGUCCAGAGCAGAGACGACACCGUCGCCCACCAACAACACUGGGAGUGGACACCCGGAGUAUGUCGCCUAUGUGCUGGUCCCUGUAUUCUUCAUUAUGGGUCUCUUUGGGGUCCUCAUCUGCCACCUGCUUAAGAAGAAAGGCUAUCGUUGUACAACAGAAGCUGAGCAAGACGUGGAAGAGACAAAGGUCGAAAAGAUAGAGUUGAAUGACAGUAUAAAUGAAAACAGUGACACUGUUGGGCGAAUUGUCCACUAUAUCAUGAAAAAUGAAGCAAACGCUGACGUUUUAAAGGCAAUGGUAGCAGAUAACAGCCUGUGUGAUCCUGAAAGCCCGGUGACCCCCAGCACUCCUGGGAGCCCGCCUGUGAGCCCCGGGCCCUUGUCACCAGGUGGCACCCCAGGGAAGCACAUCUGUGGCCACCAUCUACACACCGUGGGCGGUGUUGUCGAGAGGGAUGUGUGUCAUCGGUGUAGGCACAAGCGGUGGCACUUCAUAAAACCCACCAACAAGUCUAAAGAAGGCCGCCCAAGGCGUCAAGGAGAGGUCACCGUCCUCUCUGUGGGCAGGUUUAGAGUUACAAAAGUGGAACACAAGUCGAAUCAGAAGGAGCGGAGAAGUUUGAUGUUGGUUAGUGGGACCGAAAGCGUCAAUGGGGAGGUCCCUGUGACACCUGUGAAGAGAGAACGAAGUGGCACGGAGUAGCAGGAAUGACGACAUUAUUUGAAGAGUUCUAAGAGACUGAAAACUUAACAAGAUAUGAAGUUACCUAGGGAAUAUUUUUAUCUUUUAUACGAUUUCUCUCGUGGAGUCUGCAGGCAUAUGGAUAAAAGCUAAAAGGGAAUGUGGUUGUUCUGCUGGAUACAGAAUUCAGUUGGUUUUGAAACAAGUUUUGGUUUAAAAAUGUCCAUGAAAAAUUUAUUACAUUUCUAGGGAAGAAAAGAGCUUAUUUUUUUAUCUUCCCAACCACCUUCUGCCCCCACCUCUUCCAUUUCCCCCUGCCCGGCCUUAGCGUACACACUGCAGUUUUCUCAGUAUGACCACUGUGUACAGUGCAACUAUUUGUGUACAGUCUGAGCUGAUGCUGUUGGUGUGUGUGUGUGUGUGUGUGUGUGUGUGUGUGUUCUGUUCCCCCAACCCUUACUUCCCAUUUUACUACUGGUUGUAAGAAGAUCCUCUUACAGUUUAACUGUUACAAAAGAUAAAGUGACUCUCUGGUGGUGAAUGGUCCUGGAAGAUAACCUAGUGUCGCCUGAGAACUUGAUUCCCCGAGAGAUUCUGGAGUCAGAUGGAACUAGAUGGCAGACUUUGGAUUUUGAGACCAAGAAUUCACCACUGACUUCUGCUACCACUCUUAGGUCACUUAUAAAAUAUUGAGAGUUUGUUGUUGUUGUUUUUUAACUUCAGCUAAGCAAUUCUUUAGUCCAUUAAAUAAAGGGGAAAUGGUUUAAAGUUACCAAAACAAACAAAAAAUUCUUGUGACUACCCAAGGUCAAAACAGAAUUAAAAACCCCUCUAUUUCCCAUGCAGGAUGGGCCCGCACCUUCUUCUGGCAUGUUUUCUUUGGUGCACUUGCUGUUUUCCAUCUUGUGACUAAUGCUCAUUACUUAAAAGAUUCUUGGUGGUUAUUUCCCCUUUCAGCUUGGUAAACCCUAUUUUUUUUUUUUUUUGGCCUUACCCUUUAUGAAACACCUGAAAGAACUCAGAGGCAAAGAUAGUAAGUAGUACAUUUAUUAUAGGUCUGGGCCAGGGGGUGAGAGGGCCCACUUCCACGUCAGUGUUGGUAUGGUGCCUUGGGCACUUCUUUUAUUUCAGAGAGAAAAGGCACAUUUCUCAUUUGACUUCCAGAAGAUAGUUUCCUUUAAAAUGUACUUUAAACUAUUUCCUGUAAAUAUAUUCAUUCCAUUCUGUUUCUGGCAUCAAACUAAAAGUUUCUAACCUUUUAAAUGAAUGGUAGGUUCAAUUUCAUGUGUAUUUUUACUGACAACUAAUUAGAAAGUGUAUGUGUGUCCAUACAUAAACACAGUGGACUAGGUGAUAGAGGAAGUCAGUAUGAAAUUUUACUGAGGUUCAGAAAGUAGCAAUAUAUGAAUUUUGGGACUGUGUAUUAGUGUAAAUAACAUAUAUGUCAUCUAGACCAAUAGUUGGUUUUAAAAAAAAAACAUCAUUUUUUUGUUUAAACAAUAUGUCCUCAAAAUGAUGAGAGAUAAAAUGUAAGAGAUUCUUCAGCUUUAAUUAUUUUUUAAUUUUAUUCAGGUCAGAGCACUUUUUUUUUUAAUAGCAAUACAACAGGCAAGAGAAUACUCAAAAAUAUUUAAAACUGUAUUUUUACCAAGAAGUACGUUUUAAAUAUUUUCUAAUACUUGAGCAGUUUUUGUCAGGCUGGCUUCCAAAUAUGCCAAAAGUUAAGCAUUCAAUAUUUUGAACACAUAAGCUUUUUACUGGUUUCUAUUAUCUAAUAAGAAUUCUUAAGUGUUCCCAAAACAACUGAUGUUUACAGGCCUUGUGGUUUUCCUCCUUCGUUAGAAGGAUUGGGGAUCCACAACAAACUUGCUAUACAAAACACUAAUGAUGGAUUAAUUUCUGGUGUAAUAUAUAAAUGACUUGGCUACCACCUUGAUGUAAAAAUCUGUAAAGGAAAUUUUUCACCAUUUUAAGUGUCAAGUGUAUUUUUAACUGUCUGGUUUGUACUUUUAUGACUUUUGUACUACCAAAGAGGAGUUAAAAAUAAAAAUGUUAAACACGU